CGGUUGGGCUGGUAUGGGGCAUGCUCCCCUCGGUCUUUUCGGGGCACAAGCGCACAGAAUGCCGCGGCAAAAGGGUCGCCGCGAUCCAGUCUCAAUCCUCAAGCAGUUGCUGCACUGUGCUUGCAUUAUCUGCCGCCCGCACACGCUGCCGGCCAAGCCCAACUGACCAACAGCAGACGCUCCAGUCCAAACCUCUCGCAGCAGCCAUGGGCGUGGAGUACGACAACCUGACCUACGAUGACAACUCGACGGCCAACUGCACCAACGACUACUGCAUCCCGGACGACGACUACCUGGCCCUCAUGGAGAGCUACAUCUUUCCGACGCCGGCCGAGUGGUGCCUGAUCGCCUUCCACGGGCUCGUCUUCAUCGCCGGGCUGAUCGGCAACGUGCUCGUCUGCGCGGCCGUCAUCCGCAAUCCGGGAAUGCGCACCGUCACUAAUUACUUCAUCGUCAACCUGGCUGUUGCUGACUUCAUGGUGCUCGUUUUCUGCUUGCCGCCCACCGUCCUCUGGGACGUCACCGAAACCUGGUUCCUCGGUGACACGCUGUGCAAGGGCGUCCUCUACACUCAGACGGUUUCUGUCGCUGUGUCCGUGCUCACUCUGACCUUCAUAUCCGUGGACCGCUGGUACGCCAUUUGCUUCCCCCUCAAGUUCAAGAGCACCACCGGAAGGGCCAAGACUGCCAUCCUGCUGAUAUGGCUCGUGGCCCUGGCAAUUGACAUUCCCGAGUUGCUGGCCCUGCAGACGCACUCUCCGGAGCUGCGUGUGUCCUCGCACCUGCUCACCCAGUGCGCGCCCAACUGGACCACCGAGACCGAAAUCAUUUUCCUCUGCGUCAAAGUGGUGUUGCUGUACUCUCUGCCGCUGUUGCUCAUGUCGGUCGCUUACUGGCAGAUUGUCCGCGUUCUCUGGCGCUCAGACGCCAUUCCCGGACAGUCCGAGGUCUCCUCCUCGUCGACCACCCUCGCCUCCGGAGGAUCCAGCAUGAGGUGGAACCACGGCGGGAGCACCCGUCGCACGCCGCUGGUGUGCUCGGUGAACAGGAGCGCGGAGACGCAGUUGGCCGCGCGCAGGAAGGCGGCCAAGAUGCUGGUGGCCGUCGUGGUCAUGUUCGCUGUGUGCUAUCUGCCCGUCCACCUGCUCAGCAUCCUCAGAUACACGACGGGCAUCCCUCAGAACAACGUGACGGCCGCUAUCUCGAUGGUGUCGCACUGGCUGUGCUACGCCAACAGCGCAGUCAACCCGCUCAUCUACAACUUCAUGAGUGGCAACUUCCGGAAGGAGUUCCGGCGGACGUUCGGGUGCCUGUCGCGGCGGCCGCGGGCGCACCGGUUCAACAUGUCGCGCAGCGGCGCCGCCAACUCGCAGCACUACUUGGCGGGGCCGGUGCCGUCGUCGAUGCGGAUGCCGCGCUCGACCGAGGUGGUGCCCCUCUCGGCGGUCACCUUCCAGGAUUGAGGGCGCGCCCCGCGGGUCUGGUUCACUCGCGAUUCAACCGGAGGCAGCCGUAGCGGCGGAGUAACCUUUGAGCUGGCCGAAACCCGCGGCCACCUGCGGCCGCCGGCCCUCGCGCAUCCGCCACGCAACAUCUCGGACAUCGCCGAACAGUCGGCCAACAGCGCCGAGCCCAGCAACGGACACUGUCAGCCCGACCAAGACCAGAUCUGCGACACCUACAACUGACUGAGUUUUUCAAGUGUUUUUAACAAUAUUUUUCGAAAAUGCAACUCUGUAUGUUCAAAAUAAAAUUCAGAAAAAAACGCUCACAGCAUUGCUGCAUCGGUGAA